AUGAACACAAUUUCAUCGACAUCAGUUUUAGUUGAUCAAUCUAUUGAAAACGCGAACCCAUCUCGGAUAGAGAAGCUUGUUCAAUUACUUCUCUCAUUCAAUGUUGAUCGAAAGCGAAUUGAUGAAAGCAACCAUCAGCAUGCGAAACUUGUCCUACGGAUCUUCGCUAUCUAUAUGAUUUUUGUUAGUAAUGUGUUAAUCGUCGCAGUACUAAUGCAAUCAACGGAAAGUUUUCUCAUUACAAAUACUUUUGAAUACCAUCUAAUCCAAAAACGAUUCGCAGUGAAGACGUUAUUGACCGAACGAAAUGUUCAGCAUAAUGUAUACAUGAUUAAUUUUAAUCAGAUUGCGACAAUUCAAGAUAUUUGGCAAUUCAUGAAUGAAACACUUGCCGAAGUUUUCUUACGUGUACAACAGCAACCUUCAGGACCGAAUUCGACUUUGAUCCACUGGGUAUUAGAUCACUUUUUGUUGAUCGGAGUCGUUCGGAUGAGACAAGUUCGUGUCAAACCUGAAAAAUGUUACAUACCAAAAUCGUAUUCGGAUGAAAUCGCCGAUUGUUACCCAGCCUAUUCACCCGACAAGAAAGACACCGAUCCGUUUGGUCCAAUCACGCUUAGCGAUAGUACAGAAAUCAAUCUAAAGCAACCAUGGCGUUUUAUGUCCAAAGACAAGACUGGAAUGGGCUCGCAUACAGGUCAACACGGCAAAUAUGAUGGAAGUGGAUACAUAGCCGAUCUUGCGCAGUAUGAUCGAACAUAUCGACGUUUCACGAAAGAUGUCAAUGAACUGGAAAGAUUUCAUUGGCUUGACAAAGCUACCCGAGCUUUAUUUAUUGAUAUAAUCACAUACAAUCCAAGUGUGAAUCUCUUUUCAUACAUAAAACUUGUUUUUGAAAUGCCGUUGACUGGCGGUAUUUUUCCUUCCCACAAAAUCGAGAAUUUUCAAUUGUUUCGGUACGUUGGUUCAAAGAAAUAUGUUCUGAUCACUUGCGAGGCUACUAUCGUUCUAUUCACAAUCAUCUUUCUUCUUGUCGAAAUUCUAACAAUGAUCAAGUUAAAACUCAAGAUUUUUCUCAGUUUCUGGAAUUGGAUUGACAUGAUUCUUCUAAUCAUUUCGAUUCUCUUGAUUAUUGUCAACAUCUAUCGUCUGAUUCUCAUCAACUCGACUUUGACCAGUCAAUUGUCAAUUUAUCUCGUAACAUUCGACACAACAAUCGUUAAAUUACUUCGUCUUCACAAUCUAUUCGAUACUUUGAGCAUCCUACUCGCAUCGAUCAGUAUCAUUCGUAUAUUGAAAUAUUGUGAUUUUGCUGUGAUGUUGAUCCGAAUCAAAGCAACGAUUCAACGAUGUCUCGGCGAUCUGAUCGGAUUCCUUGUGAUGUUCGUAGCAAUAAUGAUUGCCUAUGCCCAAUUUGGGAAUUUAGUCCUUGGUCAACAGGCACCUGCAUUUUCUACGGUGGGAAAAGCAUUUGUUGCUCUAUUUCGCACGGUAUUGGGUGACUUUAAUUUUGAGGAUAUUCGUGAUGCUGCACCAAUCGCUAUCAUUGUCGACUCAUACGAAGAACUUGGCAGCGAACGUCGUGAUAUCAUCAAUCAAAUGUUAGUUGAUGUCACACCCUUCAUGAAACAUUCGAUUCAAAGAUUUUUCGAGCGACUUGGUGUUUGGACGAAAGUUCGAGUUCUCGUUCAUUCGAUAAUUCGUGCAGAGGAUAUUUCCAAUACGAAAACCAUCGGAGAUCUUUUACAAGAAUUCAAGUAUUCGGCCACUUCGUCUACGCUCUAUGAAGAACUUCACCAAGCCUUCGUGCAUGACAUGACAAAGACAAUAUCAAAGAAAGAUUUCGAUGCUUUUUUGAAAUACGCUCAUCGAGAUAAAGAUCGUCAACGUGACACUUUACAAAGUUUAUUCACAGGAAAGAAGUCAUUGAUCAAUUUCAAUGAAGAACAAGACUGGAAUACACAUGCAAGUAAUCUCUGUACAAUACAGCAGUGGGCACAAUUACGAUAUCGGAUUGCACGUUUGGAAGAAUUUUUCAAUUCUAUGGAUGGAAAAUGGAGAUAUUCGAUGAGAACAUCGAAGAAUUUGUUUCGAAGAAGAAAUGUUUCACGCGAAAUUUCCGAGGAGAAGGAAAACACAUGA